UGAAGUGAUCGGUGCAUACGUAUAUAUUUCAUGGACGUUUUUAGCUGAAGGUACACGAAACUUGCAAGAUGGUGAUGAUGACGAUGAUUGCCCGUGUGGCAGAUGGCCUGCCGCUAGCCGCCUCAAUGCAAGAAGACGAACAGUCUGGGCGCAAUUUGAUAGAUUACCAAAAUCAAGCAAAACAGCUCUUCCGAAAGAUAUCAGGAGAUCCCCAACCUCCCGCAAGAUGUAGCCUGGAGAGUGGCCCUUACAUUUUCCAUUAUAUCAUAGAAAGGGGUGUGUGUUUCUUAGUCUUAUGUGAAAAGUCCUUCUCCAAACGUUUAGCCUAUUCUUACCUGGAAGACCUCCAGCAGGAGUUCACCUCUCAGUACGGCAAGAGGUUAGACACUGUGUCAAGACCUUACAGUUUCAUUGAAUUUGAUACCUAUAUGCAGAAAGCCAGAAAGACAUACAUAGAUUCACGAGCACGUAAAAACUUAAACAAUAUAAACACAGAACUCCAAGAUGUACAGAGGAUUAUGGUCCAGAAUAUAAACGAUGUCUUACAGAGAGGGGAGGCCAUUUCAGCAUUGGACACAAAAGCCAGUAAUCUGUCAUCACUGUCACAGAAGUACAGAAAAGAUGCCAAAUAUUUGAACUUGCGCUCAUCGUACGCCAAAGUAGCUGCUGUUAUAAUUGUCGUCGUCAUCGUAUUGCUGUUUUUGAGGUUUUGGUGGAUCUGAAGUUGUGGCACAUUUCAAAGAAACUGGUCUUGUAUUCUCCAGGCAUUCUCAUCGGAUGGUUGGAUCUGGCGAUGAACCAAUCGCAGAAGCUCAUUACUGUGACGCAUCAAAAUGUCACACAAAUCUGUUGAAACAUACGAAGUUUUUUUUUCGGUAUGGACAGACACUCACUUAAUUCAGCUGCUUGCAAUCUGCCAGGCUAUGUAGAUAAGUGUUUUGCUCUUUGUUGUGUCAUCUUGAAUUUAACAUGCAAAGGUUUACAGUUGAAUGCAAGAGUUGCCUCCCUUUUAUAAGGGUUGCAGCACAUUACACCUUUUGGCAACACUCUUUCAGUACUAAUGGACUGUCUAUUAGGGGUCAUCCACCAUAAGACUGUCUAUUAGGGGUCAUCCAGCAUAUCUAGUCUCCCUAAAACAUUGUAUGUAACUCCUUCUACACGACUGUUUCAAUGGCAUAAAUGGAAGAAUAGAAGUGUUGAUGUCACACAGAAAGCCAAACUUCUUCCUGUUGCUGUACAGACUGAGGCAUACAGCGGCAUUUGUAUGUUAUUCUGUGCUGAAAGUAUUGUGUUUUGAGGGUUGUCUAGAGGGUGACAUGAUAUUCAAACUACUGGAAAAAUAUAGGUUUCUGCACCAAAUGUCAAAAGUAAUAUUUUGUGAUCUUUUUUGAUCAUAAAAAAGCAAUUUUGUAGGCACAGUUUGAGGUCAUUUACUAUUAAAUAUUUACAUUUUUUAAAAGUUUGACUUCAGUCCUAAAUGACUUGGAAUUGACAACAGAUCAUUCUCAAGCUUGCAGUAGUUGCAUGGCGGCUGGAACAUUACCAGAUUUGCUCUGCAGGACUUGUUCUCAAAUUUGUAUAAAUAUACAGUAUUUAUGAUGUGUGAUGUGUGUAUCUAAAUGUUUGACAUGUGUUUUGUAUAUAUGUUAACAUGUACUAUCAAAGUUUGAUGUAAAAUUCUUGAUUGUGGCGUCCAAACCGCUUCGUCUGCUUUCAUUCUGCUUACUAGGUUUUAGGUUGAAGUAGACACAUUACUAGUAGGGGUUGAUAGAUUAGUCAUUUUGUUCGUUUGAUGGUUGGUAGAUUAAUUUAUCAAUCUCCUUGAUUGUGUAUUUCUACAAAUCAUUGUACAUCAUUUUAUUAACCUGCAGAUGUGUUAAUGCCAGAGUCUAUUAACCUACAGAUGUGUUAAUGCUAGAGUCUAUUAACCUGCAGAUGUAUUAAUGCUAGAGUCCAUUAAAUCCUGGAAGAGGUCGGUACUUAUUUGCUGUAACUGCUUUGAAGGUUGAUAGAUUAUUGUAUUGGCCCCUAAUAAAAGAGGUUGAUGGAACAUUGCAUGGUCCCCUUCAGAGGUUGAUAGAUUAUUGCAGAAACCCUUUGGAGGUUAUUAGAUUGUUGCAUUAACACCUUUGGAGGUUAAUAGACUGAUAUAUUAACCCCUUUGGAGAUUAACAAAUAAUCACACUAAUUCCUUUGGGGUUAAUAGACUGUUGCAUUAACUUAGGAAGUUAAUAUAUUGUUGUAUUUAUCCCUUUCGAAGUUAAUAGACGUUUGCAUUAAAACAUUUGGAGGUUAGUAGACUCUCGUGUUAACUUCUUUUGAGGUCAAUACAUGAGGUUGUAUUUACCCCUUUCAGAGAUUGUUGCAUGAAAAGUAAAAGAAAGCUAACAUAUGAAGUAAGGUUCAUCACACAGACAACUGAAAAACAUGCAUACUUUCAUUUUUUUUUUUUUUUUAGAUUUUUUGAAUAGUGUUGACAGGCAUUCAAGUAUUACAAUUCUAUAGUGGGCUUUAUGAGCCAUACUGGCGGUAUCUAGGAACUCUGAUAUGACAUCACAUUUUUUCCUGAAUUUGACCACAAGAAAUUUUUUGUGAACAUCAUUUCAGUAGUCUUUUAGUCAUGGGUAAAAAGAGUCAUUUCAUCACACAGGGUCAUGAUUAGAGUUGGAUAAAUUUCCUGUGACGUCAGAGUUCCUAAACUCCAUAAAGCCCACCUGAGAAUUCAAAUGUUUGAAUGCCUUUAUCUCUCUUCACAAAAAUCUAAAAAUAAAUAAAUAAAAGUAUAUUUACACAUAGUUUUAAGUGGUCUAUUAGGCGAUGCCUACUUCUGUUUUUGGAGGUCUUUUCCUGUAAGUUAACCCCUUGGAGAUUGAUCCAUGUAGAAUAUAGCAUUGGAAAGGUUGGAAAUUGAUGCAGUACUGCAUUGACCGACUUGGAAGUUAAUGAAUAUUGUACGAACCCAUUCAAAGUACUGCAGAUAGAUUUUUGCUUUCACUUCCGUGAAAGUGGACCAUAGGAUAAUUUUUUUCUCUACAUUGAUAUGUUGAGGUUGAUAAAAUAUCUCUACUGCAUAUAUGUAAUAAUUAAGGUAUUUUCGACUUCAAAAUGUCACAUGAUUUAGUAAAUACAAAGCAGCUUGCCUCCAUUAUGUCAUGCAAUUCUGCAUGUAUUCUGUAGGUGUUCACGCUAAUUUUCUUUCACAUCAUAAAAUGCUCUUUGUUCUGCACUAUAUAAUCACAUAUUUUUAUUGUUGGCAAUCCCAGUGUUUCUGUUAAGAUGUACAUGUCUGAGAAAUAUACGCUCAUU